GCAAGUUGGGUAGUGUACCAAACUACCAAUGCAAUUCCCAUCAUGUGUUAAAUGUAAAAACAUUAUCAUAAAGUUAAAACCAAAACAGGGUAAAAAAAAAAGGUGAUUAUAUUCUUCAUGAAUAAGAACAUACUCACUAUAUACACUGCACACUGCACACUGCACACUGCACACUGCACACUGCACACACCUCUCAUUUCUCAGGUGUAAGCAAAAGACAGUAUAGACUUAACCAUUGUAACAUCACCUACCUUUUAUCACAUUUCAUUCACAAAAAGAACAACAUUCUGCAAUCAAAUACAAGAAACCAAAUAAUACUUUCUGCAAAAAAUCUUAAUUCUGAUAAAAAAAAUAAAAACUUUCAGAAUUUAGAUUUUAGACCCACUAUUUUAAUUUACUCAUCUUGAUAAAAAAAAAAGGAAGGGAAUUGAAGAAGGUGAAGUAAGAAAGAUGAUAAGAGGAAGAGAUUAUAAUAAGAGUAGGUGUGGUGGAUUUCCAGCAUUCACAGCAAGUCAAUGGCAAGAAUUGGAGCAGCAGCUUCUAACAUAUAGAUAUAUUAUGUCAGGAAUUCCUGUUCCUCCUGAACUCAUUUCUACUGUCAUUACAAACCCUUCUUCUGAUUUUUUCCCUCUUCAACAAUCACUACCAUUUGGAUGGGGUUGUUUUGAAAUGGGAUAUGGAAGAAAAAUAGACCCAGAACCAGGAAGAUGCAGAAGAACAGAUGGUAAAAAAUGGAGGUGUUCAAAGGAAGCAUACCCAGAUUCUAAGUACUGUGAAAGGCACAUGCAUAGAGGCAAGAACAAAUCUAAGAAGACUUCUUCUACUUGUUCUUCUACCAUUUCUUGUUCUGUUUCUUCAUCUAAUGAUGAGUGUGCUAUCAAUUAUCAUCCUCUAAUGCCUGACAAAACCCAAGUGCAAUCCUUCCAUACUACUACUACUCCCUCUGUUUACCCUUUUAUGUCUACUCAAUCCUCCUCCUUGUCAACUCAUAAUUGUACUGAGUCAACUCAACAAAGCAGUAUUGCUCCUCAUUGGCUUUUCGAUUCUCAGUCAUAUGAUCAGCCUAACAAACAGAUGAGGUCUUUGGACUUAGAAGCAGAUGAAAGGAUAAUGAGUAGAUUCCAAGAAUUUGGAUCAAAUAUCUACCAAGAAAAUAAAGAAGAUGAUACUCAGAAACUAUAUCAAAAUAUUCCUUUGCUUCUCAAGUAAUUUCUCACAAGUUUUAUCGAGAGGUGAUCGUAUAAUAAGCACAUCAAAUUAGUAAUUUUUUUUUUUUGACGUAAGACUUAUCGUGUGAAAUGUUUAAAUAUGUAUACUUUAUUUUGUAUUUUCUCUUUUAUGCUUUUAUUUGCAAACUUUUGAAAUAUGUAGGUUUCUGCUUAAUUUUAACUGUCAAUAUUUUUAAUUAUAUCAUAAAAAUUAGUAAUAAAAGUAUUGAUACUAGAUAGAAUAAUAUGCAAAUUACAUUCUUAAAAUUUAGGACUUUUACGAACUACGCUCAAUGUCUAAUAUUUGGAAUUACAACUACCAAAACAUAAAAGUUUAUGGCGUUAAGAUGAAAUCACAAAAUUUCGAUCACUUAUUCUAAAAUUACGACCACCAAAAUGGUCGAAAUUAUGUGAUUUGGCCCGAACAAUACAUAUAAGAAGAAAGAGUCUCUAGAAGUGGGUUUUGCUUCCCCAAAAGCACGGCAAGUGUUGCCAGAUAUUGAUACAAUGAUCC